GCCGUCGUUCGACGAACAUGCGAUUUCUUUUUUAAAAUAACAUUUAAAAAGAGAGACAACGCGUUCGUAGUAACGUGCUCGAAAUAGUUCGCAUAAUACCGAUAAACGAUUCGUAACAACGUAUGUUAACGAAACCGUUGAUAAUAGAAUCGUUUUGAGAUAACGUUGUUUUGAAGGAAAAGAAAAAAACAGAAAGAAGGAAAAUAUAUUCGAAAAGGAUCAUUUAAACCAAAGCGUUAGAACAAAUACUCGAUCGCUUUUUAACAACGUUUUACAAAGCUAAAGCUUCAAACAACGCAUUCGUUAAAAACGCGCUCAAAGCAAUCUAUUCGAAAAAACACAUUUCUACGAAACGCUCGAAGCCAACUAUUUCUUCUAUAUAGAACGUUAGAAAAAUCGUUGUUAAAAAAAAAAGAGAAGGAGAAAAGAGAAAAAAGAGAAUGGACAAAAAUAAUAUGGGAUUGAAACAAGAUCUUUAAAACAAUUCGUACAAAACGAUUCGUUAGAAUCGAUGGCGAUCGAAAAGACAGACAAACGUGUUUAAAAAGAAAACUCUUGGAAACCUUUUUCGAGAAAAGAAACGUAAGGAAUACGUAAACGGAUAUCCUCGCCUCGAGUACAACCGCGUUACGAAACAUUCAAGGCUUGUGAUUAAAUGCCCUUAGGUGUAGAAAAAUAUAUCAUUAUUCCUACGGUAAAGCCUUCGUGGUCGUUCGAAUUUUCAGAAAAGAAAAAGAAUGGAAACGUGACUAGAUUUCGUAAUGGUUUCUAUACAACAACCCUUGCGUCGUAUGCGACUAUAUUGACCAACCGAACAACCGACCGACCGAUCUACCUCGUGGCUAUGCUGAAAUUAUCGUGAAUAGCACACGCACACGCAUCGGUGCCUGUUGUUAAUUGAAUACGGACAAUAAUACUGUUAAAAGACAUACAGUAUCCAAGAGAGCGUAGAUACGAGAUUUCUGUGAAAAAAAUAUCGAUCGAAUAAGACUCUUGAAAACGUAUUGUUAUCGAGUUAUCGAUAUCGCGUACCGAAUUCUCAUUUUGUUUUUUCAUAUAUAUAUAUAUGUGUGUGUGUGUAUAUAUAUAUGUGUGUGUGUACGUAUGUAUGUGUGUGUGUAUAUGUAUAUACAUAAAUAAAGAAACAAAGAAAACUAUAAUAAUAACCAAAAAAAAAGAAGAAAAGAAAAAAUAAAAGAGGAAAAUAAAGGGAUGAUCGAUAUCAAGCGUUAAUGUAAGUACUAGCCGAGUUUUUCGUGAGUGAAAGAGUUGAGGACAUUAAACCUAGCAGAUGUUCACCUUUAAAUGAAAAUGGAUCGGCAUUAGUUACUCGCGACGUUAAAUGCGAAUCAGGAUUAAUUUCCGUGCGGUUCGGUGUUAACGACGAACGAAGAGGAAAGAAGAAGAUCGAACGGAGAUCGAACUAAAAAUGAUCACGGUGUCUAUUUUCUUGCUGCUCGUCAACUUCUAUCAACUUCUCGAGGUCUCGCUGUAACGAGUGGAUUUCGGUCAUCGGCUUCAUUAAUAAACUAUCUGGGUCAAUUAAAAAAUGUCAGCCGACGUGAAAGCUGGUCAACCUACAGUGCCAACUAUUUCUCAAUCUAAAAGGCCUACCGUUUUAGUCUAUCCUACAGUAACUCCAGAGAGCAUUAUUAUUCCCAUUGUAUCUUGCAUACUUGGGUUUCCAUUACUGGCUUUAAUGGUAAUCUGCUGCUUAAGAAGAAGAGCUAAAUUGGCAAGAGAACGUGCGAGAAGAAGAAAUUGUGAUUUGGAUCAUGGCGCUCUUAGUUUAGUGCGUUUUAGUCCGGUUCAUCGUUUAGCUGGCGUUGAUCGUCCAACGAGAACCGUAUCCUUGAAAAGUGAUCGUGGAUCAAGAACAUUUCCAUCGUUAGAACUGGAUACCGUUGUCGAGGAACGAUCUGAUCCUGAGCAAAGUACUGCAUUGGAAUUGAGUAGUCCUGACUAGCAUACAAUAUUGGCACCGCCGAGGUUAUAUUUUAUUUUACAAUAUCUUGACUCUGUAAAUUUAAGAAUAAUAAAGUACAUAUAAAUAAGAAAUUUUUUGUCACGCCUUUUACGUAAUACAAUGAUAAUAUUGAUCGUCGUAUUUUUUAUCGAAAAAAUAAUACUGAAUAUAAAAAUAAAAAUCUUCACGCGAAGAAAUUGCUCAAUGACGCCAUAUCAAUAUCCUAUAGAACGAGAAAGCGAGUCCAGCGAUUGGUUCAUGCUUACAGCCAAUAAGAGAUACGCCAUAUUUAAAAGUAAGAAUUACCGCGAACAAUGGUUAUUUUCGAAAGGAUGAAAAUUUUCAAACUUAUUGUAUUUCUUCAUGUCAAUUGAAUGUUAAUAUUAAAUUUAUAGUUUUAUUUAAUAUGUAAUUAAUAUUUACUAAUAAUAUAUAUUUUUUUUUACAGAUCACCUAGAUCUCCUAAAUCUUUAGCGGUGCCAAUAGAUCAUAGUCCUCUAUGGACAGCUUUGACUCAAGCUAAUACGGUAUCUACUACGUUUGGAGAUACCUAGCAGGAAAUUGAAGGCGAGGGUAGUUACAUCGAAGCUCUCGUCCUUGAUCUGCCAAUUAUAUAUUAAAAUAAAUUUAUAUUCGCGAUGGGAUAUCUUUCUCAAAUAUCAGAGUAAAGAAAAUUGAACCUAAUACUUUUUCAUGUUUGAAAGUGUAAUUUAAAUCAUAGAGUAGUAACGAUAAUUAAAAAGAUAAAAAGAAAUAAAAUCUAAGAUCAAUAAAUAAGCUUUACAUAUGAGAAAAAAGAAAUAUAUAAAAAAUUAAA